AUGCGGCGCGUUCUGGACGUCAUCGGGUCUGCGAGAGCGAUUCGCGACGGGUCGACGAAGGCGAUUCGUUGGGAAUCCAGCCGUGGUUUCGCCUCGUGCGCACUCCGUGUCGCGGUUCGUCGCGUCUCGGCAGUCGACGUCGGUGCGUGCGAUGUACAUCGACGUUCGUUGAGCGCGCACGGGGGGGGUCACGCGCGAGAACGCGCAUGGACGUCGACGAGGGGGUUCGCGGGGUCGGCGGUGGUGGAGCGACGCGGAGCGGAGGACGUGGACGUGGACGACGUAAGAGUGAUUCAUUCGAGAGUGAACGCUAGAGCGUUGGUAAAUGUACAAUGUGAUCAUAAUGGAUGGCGCGGGCGUGGGAUCAGGGAUACGAACGCGACUCAUGUCGCGUUGAGAUACGCGCGCGGGUUCGCGGCGGAGCCGGUGAAGCAGGAGGACGAGAGCGAAGAGACGAUUCAAGUUGACCUUCGAGCAUUGGAUAAGGCGCGGGCGGAGAUCGAUAAGUUGCAUCGCGAGCGACAAUUGAAGUCGUGGCAGCGCGCGUACGCAUCCGCGGUGGGUGGGGUGGCGUACGUGGCGUCGUACGGACCGUGGGUGCUUUCGUUUGGCAAAAUGUCUAAAGAGGAGUGGCGCGCCGCGACGAAGAAGGGAUGGGCGCACGCGAAAGAGGAGGCGCAUCACUACUGGUCAGGGGCCAAGCUUCUUUGGGUUGAAGUAAAGAUCGCGUCGAGGCUUUCGUGGCGGUUGAUGAGCGGCUCAGACCUGUCAAGACGCGAGAGGCGACAGUUGACGCGGACGACCGCUGAUGUGUUUCGAUUGGUGCCGUUCGCCGCAUUCGUGCUCAUUCCGUUCAUGGAACUGUUGUUGCCCGUCGCGCUAAAGAUAUUUCCAAAUAUGCUCCCCACAACGUUCAGAGACGAGCUGAAGUACGAGGAGGAGCUGAAGAAGAAGCUCAAGGCAAAGCUUGAGGUGGCGAGAUUUUUGCAGGACACAGUGAGAAUGAUGGCCAAGGGAUUGAAGCACUCUCGAAACGGCGUGACUCGAGAACGCGCGGACGAGCUCUACGUCUUCAUGAAGAAAAUCCGCACCGGAAUGAAGGUGACGAACGAGGACAUUACGAAGUUUUCCAAAAUCUUCAACGAUGAGUUCACCCUCCAUCAAAUCAACCGCGCGCAGUUGGUAAACAUGUGCAAGUUCGUCGGCAUCGCGCCGUACGGCACCGAUACCUUCCUGCGUUUCCAACUCCGAACCAAACUCCGAGAUCUUAAGAACGACGAUAAGACGAUAUACUUUGAGGGAUUGACGAACAUGACAACGAGCGAAUUACGAAGCGCGGCACGCGCAAGAGGCAUGCGCUGGGAGUGUGAGAGAGAUGAGCUCAUCACGCAGCUUGAGGACUGGCUCGACCUGAGCCUGAAGCAAAAGCUUCCGCCGACGCUAUUGUUACUCUCUCGCGCGUUCGCGAUCACCGCCACAUCGGCGGACAUUAUGGUUGACAACAAGUCCAAGGUGUUGGAAGACAUCACCGUAACCUUGGCGUCGUUGCCCGAGGACGCAGUCGACUCCGUCGCGUUGGAUGAAGGUUUGGCGACGCAAACUGCCGCGAACAGAGAAGAUUACACAAAGAGAAUGGAAUUCGUCGAGAGAGAAGAAGAGAUUAUUGAGGAAGAAAGAGAAGCCGCCGCCGCACAGGAAGAGAAGAAAUCUCCGGAGCCAGAGACCCUGGAUGUGGCCUCUGCGGAGAUGACGGACGUGACGACUGCGAAAGCAAAACCGAUCCCACCCCCCGCCGAUGGCGAUGAUGCCGAUGCAGAGAGCUUACGUCAGUCAGAGCAAGCAAUAAAAGACGAAGAAAAGAAGACGUAUGCGCGAGAGCAACGUGCGAAGCGCACCGCGCAACUCUCUCGUCUGCUCACGAUGGUUUCGGACGCCUCAUCUGUCUCUGUCGAGCGCGCGGAGUUGAUGAUGCUCGUCAAGAAAGGUGUCGAAGCUUACUCUGACCGCGUCGAGGCGGCGCGUUGCGCGCCUGAGCAAAUUGCCGUUGACCAGGAGGCCAUCGACGCCAUCAAGGCGCAGCAGGAUAACGAAGAGGCAAGGCUCUCGAACGAGCUCGCCGAUCAAGUCAGCAAGCGCGUUGAUAAAUUGCUUCAAUCGGCAUGCAAUGAUAUAGAGGAAGCUGAGCGUCGCAUUGGCGAUAAGCUUCGCGUGCUCGACACCGAUUGCGACGGAACUAUCACGAUGGCCGAGUUGAUGAAAGUCCGAGACGUCUUAGGCUCGGAUCAAAUCAGCGAAAGCGACGAAAUCGAUCUGGUAAACAUUCUGAGUAGUCUGAUUCGCUCGGACGGCACGAUCGCUGUGAAUGAUCUCAGAAAACUUACCAGCGAGGUCAUCGAGAAGGACCACCUGGAGGAUAUCGAGGAGGAAGAUGAGGUUGCGAAUGAGUCCGCCGUUGCGCAGGAAUCCGAAUCCAUCGCCGAUCAGACCUCGGUCGAUUCUCCCGUCGACGUACCUUCGAAGAAGUAA